AUGCCCCGACCAGAGAUCCUAGGUAUUGAGGCCUUCCGUCAUGGGCCAUCACUUCACGGGUGGUGGUGGGAAUGGACGCUCAUUGCCAUCAUCGGCGCCAGCGGUCUCAUUGGUAUUAUCACAGUGCUGUGGCAUGCGUACCGUAUCCUCAGUAGUUUCCUCAAGAGAAGAGCCGACCCCGAUAACUUGCCGCGAUCCGUACAAGAACGUAUUCAGCUUCUAUGCAACGAUUCGAGCGUCGUGCGCAAAUCCCACGUCCUUCCCACCAAGCUAGCAUCGUUUGGUGUAUACCUAGGCCAAUUGAGUACUCCCGCCACACAAGAAGAAAUCAGUAUACUAUCGCAAUGGGAGGCUGUGGUGCUGGAUCACUCCCAACCUGGGGUUUUGGAGGCUGUCAGCGAUGAGAGUAUUCCUAUGGGACCGCACAUCAUCGCGCGGUUGGACCUUAGCAAAGUCAUCACCUUCUCAGCCAUGGAAUUUGAAUCGGAAAUGUCGCGCGCGAUAUAUGUACUUUCGUCGACUGUUCAACAGACUUUGCGACAGGCGGACCAAAAGAGAUACUUUACUGGCGUCUUGGUAGCGGGGUGGCGCGACUGCGUUUCUGUGCCUCUAUUGAAUGGCCUGACAAAGCUUCUUUCUGCAUAUGGCUUGGAUAUAUACCUCGAGAUCGGAGCUCCAGACUUCCUGGAUGGUGUCCGCAAACUCGACAUCGGGCUAUUUGCCGGUAUGGUAGUGCGGAAUGGUACAAUUAUGUCCAAUGGAGAUCGCCGCGAUUUCUUCGCCAUGGACAAGAUGAAGACCACCACGAAAUCAUUUGUUUCGCAAGCCUGCCAGCGCCCUUUCGUCACCAUGAUGUGGGACACGAUCGACGACAACGCCGAGCUCUCGCAUGCCGUAGUUAGAAGAGCACACAUGUGGUGCAGCUAUCAUGGCGCGAUUCCGUACUUCCCACGACAACGCGCUUUGACAAACAUUGAUGAAGUUCGCCCCUGCGAUGAGCCUUUGGCAGCCUUCCAGUGGUUGAAGGAUCGUAGAGUCAUGGACGUUCACGACAACUACCGAGCCGCACGCACACUUUCCCCGGGGUUUUCGAGCAUCAUUGAUGACUAUCUGCCUUUGCAAAAGAUCUUUCCCUUUCUGGCCGAUGCACUUGCCAAUCUAGAUGGAUCGGAGUCUGAAGAUGACGAUGCUUCCAGUACCUCUACGCUUACCGUGCACUACCCUGAGAUUGACGAAAAUGGAGCAUUAGUUCAGCGAGAACCCACAUCGCCUGGAUCGUCGCUGGAUUGGUCCGUAGCCAUGGAAAAGAAGGCGGAUAACCCACUCUCUUGCGCUUACGAUGGAACACUAUAUACAUCACUCGGAUGCUUUCCCAUUGGUCUGGAUGCUUCCAAGACAGACUUCGAUCGCGUUCUCGUCUCGCAACGGCGUCUACGCGACCUAAAACUACUGGUCAGGGCCACCUCCCAGCAACUCAAGGCCGCCGCAAAAGUUCUUAGUGGCUAUUGCCACAGCAGCAGUCACUUCCUUGACCUAGUGCCUACCUCAAGACAAGCCAUCUCGAACCUUGCGCAUGUCCUAUCCCACACCAACGACGAUGCCAACGACCCGUAUCAACUACAAGUCUACACUGCGCUCGAUUCAGGGUUUCACACCCCUAGUGGCGCCCAGUUUUGGUCAGUAUGGGAGGUUGAGCCAAGAACCAAGGCUAUCAUCAUGUACAUCUCCAAGUCAGUGCAGGAUGUCAAUACUGUCGUGCUCCACACACAUCUGAGCAGGCUUGGAUUCUCCAGAUACCAUUGCCUCCUCGCUGAGUACGGCCUGUCAGAGUUCACCGUGGGGUCUUUUUCGCAUGAACGCCUACCCGCAAGGUUUCAUCAAGACCUGGACUUGCUUUCUUCUUCGGAUCUCCUAUUGUACCUGCAGCACAUUCACUACUCUGAGUGGGACCAAGACUGCUCUCUGGUUUCAGCUAUUCGCGAGCGUUGCCAAGAGCUGCUGAUCGACGUACCAACGUAUCAUCAAUUCAAGCAGCUGAGUAACGUGGAGUACAUCAGUGGCAGCAUUAGCGACGAGCAAUUAGUGAGCGCGAAGCUCAAAUGGUAUCGGGGCUCUCGUCUACCAACAAUUGGUAGGUCAGACGCCCUGCAGCUGUUCAGACACGUUGCCGAGGUAUUUGGCGACAUCUUGUGGUCACGUGAUCAUGAAAGGCUUGACAUCAUCACUUCAGCUAUAGCAAAGAUCACAGGCAGAGGAAGCUUGGAUUCAGCUGCCGACUUUGUUCUCUUCUGCAUCUUCAGCGCCGCUAGAAAGCAUGGCUUUGAAGAGGUCUACAUCGAAGUGUCAGACCGGAACCCGCUCUUCAACCAGUACUCCGAUCAGAGCGCGGCCUUUGCAGAACUCUUCGCGCUGGGCUCUCGAUGCGAGGCGUACUUUGAUAUCAAACCAAGCGACAUGGGCAUUAUACUCUCAAAAAAGCACAGAGACUACUACAACCACGAAGAACACCAGCCUCCAAUGUGGAUCUUCAAUGCGCCGUCAUUCGCUUCCGCGUAUGCCGCAGCCCAGACAGACAUUGAUCCAGAACAGAAGCCAUCUGUAAUGCCUGCAUACCGUCGUUUUACCUUUCUCAGCGUCUUCGCUAUUCCUGCCCUCGUCGACAUUAUCCUUCUAUCCACGACUGGACAUGGACUCUAUCUUAGCGUGAACAUGUCUGGAGACGAGAGAUACUAUGCUACCCUAGCUUUGAUGUGCUCUUUACUUCUCUCUGGUGCCGUAGGAACCUGGAUCUCGAUUGGAGGUACCUACUACCUCAUCUCCAUGGCGUUCUCCGCAGCCAACAUGUUCGUCCUCACACGCCUGGUCGGUGGCCUCGCUUUCACCCUUGCUGGAAGUGUCAUUGGAUUCAUCGUCAUCUCAAGUGUAUCGAACCCAAACAACGGAGCAGUCUUCUUCUUCUACCUGCUUGGGCUCACGACGUACUUGACUGUUCUUGCUGUCCUCUCCACGUACCAAAUUCCGGGGUCCAGUUUCCUCAAUGGACGUAAAAUCAUCAUCAUGGUCAUUCCCACUUUGCUCAUCUCCCCUCUAUUGACCAUCUUUAUUCGGGGUCAUGAAGUUAUCAUUUACCUGACGAUUCUAUACGUCUUCAUUGCACUACUGAUUCUUGGCACCCGACGUGUGGCGACUCAAUGGGUGACUUGGUAUCAUAACAUCAAGACCCUCAACGACGCCGAUGUCAAGGAAUGGUAUCUAAAGAGACACAUGGAAGCUGAGCGCUUAGCAGAUGAGGCCCAGGCGAAGGCAAACCGACCGGGAAAUUUGCCCGUUACUGCGAACGACUCCAUGGCUGCUUCCUCGGACGUUUCGCUUCGCGCGCCAGAGAUUUUUCGCAACAUGAGCGAACCAGCUGUCCUUACAUUAUGCCGUGAUGCCUUGCACGAGGCGGUAUUGAAAGAAAAGGGACGCAAAUUCUGGCAAAAGUCUACCGAAGACAGCUUCGUCAAGCGGCUGGCGGACUGUUGGGAUUCAACACUCUUCUUGUUGGAUUGGUAUGCGCGCAUAACGGAAACCAGACGGCCAAUUCCAUACAGCUCGACCUGGAACCUUGAGACACAAGUCGCGCUCGAGAGCAUGCAGCAGUCGCAAAAAGGUAUUCGGCUCCACAACUCUUUCAUACACUGGCGUACCGCCGGCGAUGAGAUCUACUGCGGAAUCCUUUACUUUCUGGUCGCGCUCAUGGAUCGAUGGCUCGAUCUCGUGCAUGGCGGUCAGUUCGCCGGACUAGGAAUUCCAUUGGACGAUGAUAUACUUCGACUAUCCGUCGGCUUUGGGCUCGCAUACUAUCUCAUUGGUGCAGUGUUGCUCGACUACAAGGCUCAACAUCUACAUACAAUGUCGGAGCAGCUGUCACCGGUCUCGAUUGAGAACUCUGAGCAGAUCAAGAAAGCAAAGGCCAACGACUUGAAAUUCAGGCGACACUUGUACUUCGGCACUCUGUGUCACUUUAUUGGUGUACAUGUGUGGGCUCUUGCUGUUUCCACUGCCCUUAUCUGGGUCUUUAAUGGCUCCUCACCAGGUGUGGUCUUGUUCUUGAGCUAUGUCGGCGCCUACACUGGCCUACUCCUUUACCAGUACAACAAGAUCUUCUCUGGCCCACAUGCACUGAUGCCACUUCUGGCAGCAGUAAUUCUUGGCUUACUGGUUGGUAACAUACUCAUCGAAAUCUUCCCAGGGUUCCUUUACGGCAAGAUCAUUGCUCUCGCCGUGUCAACUUGGACAGCAGCCCUCCUCUCGUUCCGGACGGCCAAGUUAGGCACACCUGAGGCAUUCGAUAUUCGCAUGUGGAUCCUCGAGGUCCUUCCAAAGAUCCGAUGGACUCAUAGCUCAAACAAACCGCCAGCGUCUGCGCUGGUGAUCGGUUCCUCUAUCAUCGAGGUUUACCAUGCCUACAACGGUGCCGGCAGCGACGCAGAGUUCAGUCAAAGUGAGCUUCACGCUUGUUGCAACAAACUGCGAGCUGCACCCAGGGAGAACAGGUAUCGCGUAAAUGCUGUUGGGCAGCCAGGUGACCAAAUUACCGCGAUACUCCUGUCAUGUACGCACGAUAAUCUAUCCAGACUUGCUAUGCAAGCGUAUCCAAACAUGCCGUUCCUGGUGCAGCGCAUCCUCUCAGCCUGGCGAAAGGAUCUCAUCCAGGUCUUCAUCGUCCCAAUCCGAACUAUAGCAGAAGUCGCUGGUGACCUUCGAGCAAUCUCGCACUCUUCAGGAGGUCGUCUGACGCUUUACAUAGCUGCGGACGGAAAUGGUACGAGCCUUGGGCAGACAAACGUGAGCAGCAACUGUACCAUCAUUGCAGAAACACUAUUGCAUGCUUGCUCAGAGACCAUACUUGGUCUGCCACACCAUCACGCAGAAAUCGCUGAGUCCAUGAUCGCCUGCCGAGGAGAUGAUGGAUUUUAUCCCAUAUCCGAGUGUAGUAAACGAUCAAUGCCGGCUUCAAAUGUAGGGGCAGAUGCUGCCACGUUUGAACUGACAUGCCGCAAGGAGCUGUUGCGCAACUUGUGUCUAGGAUUCGACUGCGAUACACAGUGGGACAGUCUUCCCCUUGAGAUCCGCCGUCUUUUCCUCCGACGUUGUCUCGGUAUCAGAGCACCCUAUUCGAAUACCGAAAUGGCAUGGGUCAAUGGAAAUGUUUCUGCUGAAAGCUCCUGUACGAUACUUUCGUGCAUUGCACGGUACGACCUGGGUGCUUACUUGGCUGUGACCAAAUACAACUUCUUCAGGAGCCGGGGCGAUCACUCUCUGUCCAAGACAGAGUACCGCCAGAGUUCAGAUAUCCAGGAAGCAUACCACCCAGUACUGAACCAGUCGGCUGUAUCAUUACUUGGCAUGUUCACCGAGUACAUUCGCCUCCCGAUCGCGUAUGUAUAUCACUCUACAGGAACAUGGGUAAAAUUCUUCUUCUUGGCGUGCAUGGCAGACCCUGAAUACCAGCGUGAGCUGAAUGGAGCUCUCUUACAUUCUCCAAGUUUCGUGCAGAUACCCACCACCUUCGUACUUAACGGGUUGUGGAUAUACAGCCGAGCUGCAAUGUCAAUCUUCCUACCAUUCUUCUUGUAUCAUCACCGCCAAGAUAUUGCAGAUCUUGCCGGAACUGUCAAAGGCAGUCUGAUCAUUCAGAAGAAGAACCGCUUGAUUAUUCAGAGCUACGGAGAAACAGAAACGGCUUUUGUGCACCCUAUAGAGGAUGGUGGAGUCAAGUUGACUUUCUACCAAGGUGCCCUGAAACAAGAGCCAACAUCAGGUCACACACGAAUCACCCAGUACGACAACAAGAUGCGCAUCACCUUACGCGAGGAAUAUAAGAAUACCGCGGUGACCAAUGAAUUCAUUUACGAGUAUGGAGACAAGCAAACAAAGCGGAGAUCGAUGAUCUCAAAAGCCCGGUCGAGCAGGAUACCGCUAAGCAGGAGCUGCCGUAUCGGUAGCGAUGAAGGCGCCAAAGUCGUAUACAACCACAAGGGUCACAUUGAGUCUGGAAACUAUAUCAGCGAGCAUAACUUGGUUCGUUUCAAAUACCAUUACCGGAAGAACGCAAAGUACGAUGACGAACUGCUCCGCGCGGAGUUUGUGCUUCCCCACAUGUCCGUCAAUGUCAGUUGGUGUGCUCCUCCCGUUCGCCACGCCGAGAAGAUGGAGCGUUGGAUACCGACACCUCGCGUCUACGAAGCGACGUUUGUCCAGGGGCCCGACGUAUACGAAUGUUCUUGGUUUUACGAUCACAAGUUCCACCCAACCAUCACUACCAAGCUUAACGGCGAGCCGGUCGAUACCCCCGAUAUGAUCCGCUACGAUUGGCUCGGCGUCCUUAAGAAGCCUACUCGAUGUACCUUCGCCGACGAGAAUCCCCUGCUGGCGUUCAAGACACCGACCUCAAACCUCUUGAAUCAACUACUCCGUAGGAACAUCAAACAGCAGGACAUCUCCACAUCCAGAGCUCGAUCCCAGCUCUGGAAGACUUGGAAGAAGCGAAACGAUCUCGAUGGUGUUGUUAUUCGAUGGGUAGACGAGGAGCUGAUUCGAAACGAGGCCCUCCUCAGGCCCUACUGGAGACGCCGUGAUCGUGGAAGCCUUGUGAAAGCGGAAGACUACCUGGCGAUGCAUGCCGAUGCCAUCAUGGCGAGCUCUGAUUUGACUAGCGACAUUAGUGCUUGGACAACUCUCGCCAUCCGCAUGAGCGACCUUUUCAGUUUCGGACAAGGCGGUGAUGCCGUCAUCUUUACCAGGACCAAGGCACUACAGCGCGAUACUGACCAGAAUCUACACGUUAUUGCUGUCGACACCGGUACUUGGCCAAACGAAGGCGGCGGUGUGUCGGCAUGCCGUCGCGACCUCAUCAACAACUUGCGUACCAUCAAAUGGCACAUGGUAGUCGAAUCAGCCAAUGACUUCGGUCUUCCAAAGCACCAAACCGAGGAGAAUGUUGAGUCGCUCAAGAUCAUUCCACUAUGGGGUUUGGACUUUAUGCACCCUAAUCACGGCAUGUUCACCAACAAGCUCGACAGCGAGGUCGAUCAUCUCGUCAAGGCAGCUACCAUCACCGAUAUUGAAACAAACUUCAUUCCUACCUUGACUGCACUUGUUCAUGGAGCCCGAGCGACCACAAUGACAUCAGCAGACGUCAAGCAAGCAACGCGUGCUUUGGUCAACCUCAACACGUACUUCCAAGAUUCGCGGCAUUGGAAGGAGGUGUGGACGAGCGAUGUUGUGAAGAAUGCUUGGAGGAACCUGUGGCUUGCAGACGACAUUCCGAAUGCGCAACCACCGUCGGAGUGGUUCCGCACUGAGCUACCAACCCUCAACCACUUUGAUACUGCGCUGGAGCUGUGGUACAGAUACUUGUUCAUCUUCUCGAUCCCCAUUCCCGAAAGGAUUCCGAACGUAUUCCAGGCCUCUCAUCACAGUGUCUCGGCUUCGUACGGUAUCGUUUGCAAACUCAAGCGCAACUGCACGCUUCAGAUUUGGGACCACGCGAUAUCCUGGAGAGAGACUAAUCUCUACCUCUCCUCAGCCAUGUGCACUUUGCCGCCGUUCAUUCGGAAUUCUCUGUUGGGUCUCAUGAAGUUGACUUCGUGUCUCAUCUUGCAUCAUGCUGAUCAGAUUCUUCCCUGUGCAGACUUCUUUAACCCCGGUUGGGAAGUGGAAAUUGGCAGUGCCAAGGGCCAACUUACCCACCGCAAUGUUUUCCGUCGAAAGGUCGAUCCUAUCGUGAACGGCAUUCCCGACAUGACCAAGUUCGCCCCUGUGACGGAGAUCAAAACGAAGUCGCCAACCGUUACCAUGUUGUCCCAUGUCUGGUUCGCAAAGGACAUCAAGACCGCUCUACUUGCGGCAGACAUCAUCACCAACGAGUGGGGAUUCAAGGACUACAAGCUCGACAUUUACGGCGCUCUCAACAAAUCACCAGUCUACUCAUCGGAGUGCCAGGAAAUUCUUGCUUGCAAGGGCCUUGGUAAGAAUGUGGCGAUGCGAGGCACUGCAGACCCCGCGAUGGUCCUCGCCAACACCUGGCUGUUCCUCAACUCUUCCGUCUCCGAAGGUCUACCCCUCGCACUCGGAGAGGCUGCGUUGACUGGAGCUCCUGUCGUAUGCACAGAUGUCGGUGCUUCACUACGUGUUCUUACUGAUCCCGACGACGGCAAACGUUACAGCGAGGUUGUUGCGCCGAACGAUGCAUAUGGUCUUGCACGUGCCCAGAUUAACCUCCUUGCAAUGCUCGACGAAUGGGCGCAGUAUGCCGACGAUGAACCUGGAGUGCCGGCCCCUAUCCUUCCUCACAAGCCUACACCCAGGGAUGUCGAGAUCAUCACACGCCGCAUGUACGAGAAGUCUGAGCAUCGACGAAAGCUGGGCAUGAUGGCGAGAGGCAUUGUCCAAAAGUCUUUCGGUGGUGAGCGCUAUCUACGAGAGCACGAACAGAUGCUCUGGAUUGGUAAGGCUUCUCACGAGAUGCUCGGUAUCGAGAAGAGAGUACCACCCCCCAAGAACCCAGCACGUAUGCUAUCGCUCCGCCGUACAGUUCCGCGACAGCUGCACGUAGAAAGCACCUCGAGUCAAACGAUCGACCUACAGAUGGAGAAGAUGAUGCACCCACGCCCGUAUGCUCCAGGGCGCACAUCAGCCACUACAUCUUUCUCAUCGAUAUAUGUUGAUCAGCCAACUGCAUCGUCCAGUUAUUCCGACCCUCUCUGGGGGGAACACGAAGACUGGAAUGCACAUACAGACUCGCCGGGGUCAUCAGUCGACGACGACUGGCCAGUCCCGUCUGUCGCGCGUCCAGCGAAAACAUACUCCGGUGCUAGCGCGAUACCCAUACCACCUAUGCCAACAUCUACCAGAGGAAAGCAACCCGCACAUUAUAUUCCCACCGGUCCUGAAAGAGACGGUAGCUUGAUGCUCCCGGUAGCAAAUCCUAAAAUGGAUCCGAAAAAAGCCGUGCGCAUGCGGCAGAGUCUGGUUACCACCGACAGCGCAAGGAGUAGUGUUAGAACGAGAAGUCAUUUGCAUGAGGUGGAGGUUGCCGAGUAUGGCAACGUAGAUGGGCGGCUGUAAGGGUUGCGGAUUGAAGAUUUUCAUCGAUUUUAGAGCGAUUAGGUGCACGGAGUUUGCUGCUUUGGGGCUUAAUUUCUUUUCUCUUGCAUCUAUAUUCAAAAGCGCAUUGUCUAUAUAGCGAAAUUGCUCUUGCACAUAUCCAAGUAGAAAGGAAAAAAUUCUUUGUAAUCAAUUAGAUGAAUCUGUGAGUCAUACUGCAAUGACGACCUUCUACAA